UUGAUCGAUCGGGUCCCCGGGCACAGUUUGCCGUGCUUGGGCUCGAGGAGGGUGGGAAAGUGGUGAGAGCGCGUGUUGCGCACAAGCCCACUUCACAUACUGCCGCAAUGGCUGCUAUGGCCAGGAUGUUCUUGGCCUCGGUGUCGAUCUUCUCGUGCUUUGGAGGUGGACGUCUGGAAGACCUGCUUAUAGCGCAAGGGUCCCGGCUGAGCUACGUGAGCCUGUGCUCGUCGCGGCAGCUGAGCUUCAACACGUCAGCGCUGCACCAGGUGUCGAGCAUGGUGCUGGACGCGGCGCGGGGGCGCGUCUUCCUCGGCGACAGCGCCGCUGACGGCACGGCGCGCCUCUUCACGCUCCGGAUGGAGGCCGGCGCCCGGCCCGAGCCCGUCAGCUUCGCCGGGCGCUCGGCUGACUCCGACAACCUGACCAGGGUACUCGGCUGA